AAAAGCAGAAAGAGGAAGACUUGGCCCCCCCCGUUUUUCCUCUCACCUCCACCAUUCACGGCCACCUCGACUUGGAUCACUUGGUAUAUCGUCCACAGCCAGUGUAGAGGUAUCAAAAUUACCUGCAGAUAGGUCAUAGGGGGUCAUCAGGGGCCUUCAGGGCGUGAUAUUCACCAAAACUCAUCGUAUUCAUCGGUAUAUACCAUCAGCUUACCUCAAAGUGGAGGUCGACCAGUAUCUGAACACAUUAUAACCACACAUUUCAGGACCAUGCCCGGUCGCAAAUCCUUGACAGAUAAUCUUGACAACAGGUCAAGAGCGGGCAAUGGAAAGGAAAAGGAGACAUUCGGCUGUCCUUACCCCGGCUGUGGUCAGUCCUAUAGCCGAAUGGAAUACUUGAAGCGGCACCAGCGAAAACAUCAGGACGAUCGCCCGUUCGCCUGCAAGGACUGCUCCAAAGCCUUUGCACGCAGUGAUGUUCUCCUACGACACCGCCGACGAUGUCACCCUACACCUCCCCCCGUCGACGUCUCCGCCCACUCUCCCCCUCAGGUCCACCGAGGAUACCCAGGAAUGCCAGUGUCCUCUUCACGUACCGAUCCCCGCGAAAUGUCACCCGUCCGAGGCCGCAAACGCCAGACCAGCCAGGGGAGUAGCGACCAACCCGCCCUAAGCCGACGUCGCACUGAAGAGGAGGAUGACGACGAGGAUUCUGACAUUGGCGAGACGAGUCGUUUUGCUCGUCAAAAUGGCAUGGGUAACGGAGGUGUCUAUGUCAGCAAUUAUGUGCCAGAAUCAUCCACCUACACCCCCCACCUUAUCCCAAUGUUCCAAAACCAGCCCUUCUCUAAUUCUGACCCGAACCACCUCGAAGACGCCUCCGUUCUCUUGUCCAUGGCAUAUGGCGGUGGAUCCAUGGAGCCAGUACCCACGGUGCAAGGCCAACGCGUGGUGGCUGAUGACUGGGCGCCGGCCUCCACCAUCAAUAUGAUGAUGGACGCCAGCGAGCCUCCAUCGAAUCAAAUCGUCAGCAACCCGUACUUACCGGCGUGGGGUUCUACUUGGCUUGGUGAGGAGGCAAAACCAGACAAUGCGUUUCUGGGUUCCAUGUUCUCGCCCACCGCUUUUGAUUUAUCGACUUUGGCUCCCGAAUCCCAAGAAGAUGUCACUGUAACAAAUAUUCUGGACCAACUGUCGAAGUACGAAAUCCCGCAGAGUCAACACAAUUUAAACCCAGAACGUCCAUUAUUGCGUCUUCAGCAUGAAGAGAUUUAUCAACUUGCCGGAGCGGAGAUGUACGACAAGACGAGCAAAUUCUACCUACCCGCCGAGCGAUUCGCCGGAUGCUAUCAGAUCCCCCACUGGGGCCUACCUCCCCUCCGUGUCAUGUCUGUCAUGGCGAAUCGCACGUUCAACACCGUACUCAAGCACUUUUCCAUGGUCCACACGCCAACGUUUCGCCUGAUCGACACCGCGGCUUGUCUCGCAUUUGCGAUCUGCACCGUCGGCGGUAUCAAAUCGAGCAGCUACAACUGGUUCAAAAAUGACAAGAUCAGCAGUCUACUGGUUGGAUCAGAUCCCGACAUUGAGGCGAUCGACGGUCCUCUACCUCGAGGCGAGGGCUGGCAAUCUAUGUAUCAAAAGAAUUUUGGUAUCCUCGGCGGCGACUCGACAUCACAAAAAGUCGACGAGUGGGAGACCGCUCACAUUGUCAGAAAUGAGAAGAGCAAUAUGCUGGUCAAGUCUUUCGGUCUCGCCAAAGGCGUCCUGAUGACCGAAUACAACGUGGCGCUCCUCCAAGCUUUGGUCCUCUACAACGCCCCGUACUUUUUGAGCGAAGACGAGAGCGAACGAGUCAUCGCCAACAUGUUCCUCGGUACAAUCGUCAAUAUCGCGCGCCAAGUCGGCUUCUUCACCCCCGAACUCGAGCACUUCGAAGUCGAGGUGCAGAGGCCUCCCGAGCUUUGGACAGGGGCCGAGCUCGAUCUCUAUUGGCGACGAUGGAUCCAGCUCGAGACGAGGCGCCGAACGGCGUAUCUCAUCUAUCACCUCGACAUUGUAUCUGCGCUCGAAUCCCACAUUCCCCCGAUUCUCACGUCUUGCGAAAUGGCUGACAUGCCGUUACCUGCUCCCGAUUCUCUCUGGCUAGCGGCGGAUGCUGAGGAAUGGUUCGAGGCGUUGAAAAAGUAUCGCUACAUGACGUUAGAUGAGGCGAUGAGGCGAAUCUUCUACCUCCCUACAUACGGCGCGUUUGACAAGCUUCAUGAGCGGUCCGACACAAAGUAUUACAACCUCCUCAAUACGACCGAGCUCGGACCGUUUGCACGAACGGCGAUCAUUUCCAGCAUUCUCAGAGGCGUAAUCGACAUUGGCGAGGGGAAACGCGAUCGAGGAGACUGGAGAGAUCUGACUGAUCUCUGGGUGAAUUGCAACUGGCUCAAACCCGGGGACAAGUGUCUCGACUCGGAGGGCAAGGACCUCGGACCAGUCACCCGCGAGUCGCUCCGUGACCGGUUCUCACAAGGGCUCGAGAGGUGGCGCCAAGGCUGGGAUUUCGACCCGACGUGCCCCAAUCCUGCGAAUUACCCCUCGCCAUCUGGAGACGGCAUGAGCGAGGUCACCAAGUUGGCAUACGUUGAGGAGGCAUUGCCAUUCUAUUGGCUUGCUCUCCAUCUCAUGGACAUUCUCAAGGCGGCGCCUCCGCAUGAACCCGGCUGGAAUGCGUUUGGCAUCAAUGGAGCACAACCCGGUGGAGUCCGCUACGGGAAUAUCCUGAAGAACGCCCGACGAUUCACCCGCAUGGGCGAGGGAUCGUCCAAUGUGUUCACUAAUCCCUCACGUACAUCUGUGAGCUCGAUCAAUACCCCGAAUAGCGUCGCCAGCGGCUCGUCGCUAUCCGCUGGCAAAAUCGGCGUCGGCUCGGGAUCUGUUGGUAUGUCAUCGACUCAGGUUCCCGUGAUUCCCGGUGUCGAUCUCGAUGCGUUUGAGGCGUUUGCAGGCCUGGAAGGGAUCUUGUAAUGUGCUUACUGUAUCAAUUCUUAUCGUUUGUAUUUUGGUUUAUGCACCUGUGAGUGGCCAG